AAUCGAGGCACCUCAGCAGCAGGUUGGCAGUGACGUCAUGAGGCAACCGGUGCAGGGACUGCUGGUUGCCUGGAUCCACUCAGGUCACUUGGGGGCCCCGGGGGGAGGAGCCUCAGUGGAGGAAGUAUCGGCAAAGAUUGGCUGCGUGUGCGUGGAUCAGUUACCUCCUCCAUCUGAACCACUCGACAACUAAAAUAAAACAAAUCCUAGCGCGACGCACGCGGGGGCUUUCACCCACGACGACGUACAGGAUCGCAGUUGUUUGGGUCCGGGUUGGAACGGUGCAGCCGGUCCAGGAGCGAGCAUUAUGCAUUCCGACUGCAGGCUGCGACGGGCAGAGCGGUAAUGGUGGGCAGGGGGCCGCCCGGGGCCGGGGCUCUCGCCCUGUCGAUUUUCGUCAUCCUCACCGCGGAAGGCUGCGGAGCUCAGAAAGGAGAUGGCUGCGGUCCCAGUGUGCUCGGCCCCAGCAGCGGGACCCUGUCCUCCCGGGGGUAUCCGAGGACAUACCCAAACAACUCUGUGUGCGAGUGGGAGAUCAGCGUGCCUCGCGGGAAGAGGAUCCACUUCCGCUUUGCCUUUCUGGACAUAGAAGACAACAACUGCCAGGUCAACUACCUCCGUCUGUACAACGGCAUCGGAACGAAGAGGAGCGAGAUCGAAAAAUACUGCGGUUUGGGCCUGAAAGUUGAAAAGCUGAUCGAAACCUCAGACCACCUGGCUACCGUCCAGUUCAUGAGUGGAACGCAUCACACUGGACGUGGAUUCUACCUGUCCUACUCCACCACUGACCACGCAGAUCUGAUCACCUGCUCAGACAAAGGUAGAGAUUUCUCCGAGGCAGAGUUCAGUAAAUACUGCCCGGCCGGCUGCUCCACGUCAGCAGAGGAGGUGUCUGGAACCAUUCCUAAAGGUUAUCGAGAGACGUCUCCUCUGUGCACAGCAGCCAUUCAUGCAGGUGUGGUGUCCAAUGCUCUGGGGGGCCGGAUCCAUGUGCUCAGCAGCAAAGGCAUUUCCCGCUAUGAUGGCGCCCUGGCCAACGGCGUCACUUCCACCGGAGGAAAUCUGUCGAACAGCCUCUUCACCUUCAGGACAAACGGCUGCUAUGGAACGCUGGGGUUGCAGACCGGCGCGGUCGCCGACUCUCAGCUCACCGCUUCCUCUGCGCUGGGCGCUUUCAUCACUGGUCAAGACAGCGAAUGGGGGCCAUCGGGGGCUCGGCUGAAACAGGCGGGGCUGCCCUGGGCGCCUUCGUCCAGCAACCACCAGCAGUGGCUGCAGGUGGAUCUGAGGAAGGAGAAGAGGAUCACAGGCAUCAUCACCACCGGUUCCACCCUCAGGGAGUACCCGUGUUACGUGUCCGAGUACCGGGUUCUGUACAGUAACGAUGGCAGGGAGUGGUCCACCUACACCGAAGCCGAUUCUACUCAGCCUAAGAGUUUCCAAGGUAACAACAACUACCUGCAGGAGGUGAGGAAUAACUUCAUCCCUCCCAUCGAGGCCCGCUUUGUGAGGAUCAGUCCCACGUCGUGGCACCAUGGAAUCGCGCUGAAGCUGGAGCUGCUGGGCUGCCAGCCUUCUGCAGGGAGGACGAGGACCCCUGAGAGGCCCAGGUCGUUUACGCCGUCCGUGUAUCCUCCCUCCCGUACAAAACGCCCGCCUCAAACCACGACCCCCCCAGACAUCAGGAACACCACUAUGCCUUCACAAAACGACGGGUCACCCGCAGCAAUUCUGGUUUCCGUGCUGGUCGUGGUCCCAACAGCUCUCAUCGUGAUUGCAGUUUGUGCCUGGCUCUGCAAAAACAAGAAAAAAAGCUCUGAAGGAGUGUAUGAUCUUCCCCAGUGGGACCGCACAGACUGGUGGAAAAGCAUGAAGCAGCUGUUUCCCUCCAAGAUCCUGGAUUCGGAGGAGUCCAACCGGUACGCCAACGGCGUCGACCUGCUCACGGGGAGGGUGGCUGUUCCGAGGGUUCAUGCCGAACCCGCAGAGUACGCCCAGCCCCUGGUGAGCGGCGUCCCAACAUUAGGAGCACGCUCGACUUUUAAACCAGACGAGGGUCCGGAGCUGUACGACGCCCCCGUCUCGGACGCGUUCCACGCCUACGCAGAACCGCUUCCUGCCUCCGGGUCCGAAUACGCCACCCCCAUCGUGGUGGACAUGGGCUGCCACCCGUCCUCGAAGGCGUGCGCUUUCAUGGGCCCCUCCUCGCUGCACGCACGGACAGACAGCGAGAGGUCGGAAUACGACACGCCAAAAAAUGCCACUGGACAGGCCACGCCCACUGAGGAGCUGACCUAUCAGGUGCCUCAAGUCAGCGCUCAGAAGGCGGCGGAAGAAGCGUGCUGAAAAACAGCAAGACCCCUGUAGAGGAGGGGGCCUGCUGGAAGGGGGAGGAGCCUGCGAGCCCGACCUGAAGUCUUGAAUGAACACUACUUUAGCUUUAGGUUCAUCCGGAGAUGUCUGUAUUGCACACACGCUUCAGCUGGCGGGUCGGCGCCGUGACAGUCCAAUCACUGAAACCACAGCCACGAAUGUGCAGCUGAGUCUGAGAAGCGCCGACUACUGUGUUAAAGACUGUUCUGUGAUUCUAUGAAACUUCUGUGAAACUGUGACAUCUAUUCCUCCACAACGGGUCAUUUCCCUUCAUCACUUUCUUACCAAAGAGCGCCUGUCCCAACAGGAAGCUCCCGACACGGUACGCCGUCGUCCCCGCAGUGACGGAGAGCCCCACUCAAAGUGUACAGUCCUAAAAAAAAAAAAGUCCUUAAGCACUAAGGAGUUAUUUAUAUUUAUUUCACAUGCUGCUGAUCCAGAGGGGAUCCCGCACUGUUGGCAGAUACGGGGUCCAUUUGAUGUUUCCAAAGACUUUUGACCAAAUUUGGCUCUUCCUGUCAUGAAUGUGCCAACGUUAAUCCUCCAAUAAAGCAGUCUUAAUGGAAAAAGGUACUGAAGAAGCCAGACGUGUCUCUGCUGUCGUGCUUUGGAAAAUCGGAUUGUUUGCAGACCCGAAACAUCAGGCUUUGUGUUCAGGAAACAGAACUGAAUCAUUUUUUUAAGAAUGUUUUAUUAAAAUCAUUAAACAGG